CAGGUGUGGUCACCGGGCGUGAGAGAACGGCUCUGUGAUUCAGUCCAGCUAGUCAGCGCUACGUCGUCAAGUUAAAAGGAAGUUGUGUUGGAGGCUGCAUUGAUAAAGGAAGAAGAUGGUUAAUUCACAAGGAAAAAUCACUGACUCGAAUCCUGUACCCAAUCAUGUGUUACUAAACGGACUUACUGAUAAGGCAGAGAAAAAUCAGGGAAUAGGGAACAGCCUGUGUAGCCAAUAUGAGGAGAAGGUACGCCCAUGCAUCGACCUCAUCGACUCCUUGCGGGCGCUGGGUGUGGAGCAGGACCUGGCCCUGCCGGCCAUUGCUGUCAUUGGGGACCAGAGCUCGGGCAAGAGCUCUGUGCUGGAGGCUCUGUCAGGAGUUGCCCUUCCAAGAGGCAGUGGUAUUGUUACAAGAUGUCCUCUGGUGCUGAAGCUGAAGAAGCUCAUAAAUGAGGAUGAGUGGAGAGGCAAAGUCAGUUACCAGGAUACUGAGAUGGAGAUUUCAGACCCUUCAGAGGUGGAAGUGGAAAUCAAUAAAGCCCAGGAUGCCAUUGCCGGGGAAGGACAGGGGAUCAGUCAUGAGCUAAUCAGCCUGGAGGUCAGCUCUCCUCAUGUCCCGGAUCUGACCCUGAUAGACCUCCCUGGCAUCACCAGGGUGGCUGUGGGCAAUCAGCCAGCUGACAUCGGACGCCAGACCAAGCAACUCAUUAGGAAGUACAUCCUUAAGCAGGAGACGAUCAACUUGGUGGUGGUCCCCUGCAACGUGGACAUUGCCACCACGGAGGCACUGAGCAUGGCUCAGGAGGUGGACCCUGAUGGAGACAGGACCAUAGGAAUCUUGACAAAGCCUGACCUGGUGGACAGAGGGACUGAAGGCAAGGUGGUGGACGUGGCACAAAACCUCGUCUGUCACCUGAAGAAGGGCUACAUGAUCGUCAAGUGCCGGGGCCAGCAGGACAUCCAGGACCAAGUGAGCCUGGCCGAGGCUCUGCAGAAGGAGAAAGACUUCUUUGAGGACCACCCACAUUUCAGGGUUCUUCUGGAGGAAGGAAGGGCCACAGUCCCCAACCUGGCGGAGAAACUGACCUCUGAGCUCAUCACGCACAUCUGUAAAACCCUGCCUCUGUUAGAAAAUCAGAUAAAGGAGAAUCAUGAGAAAAUAACAGAGGAGUUACAAAAGUACGGCUCAGAUGUGCCCGAAGACGAGCACGAGAAAAUGUUUUUCCUGAUAGAUAAACUGAAUGCCUUUAACCAAGACAUCAGCUCCUUAAUCCAAGGGGAGGAGUCCGUGGGGGAGGACGAGAGCCGGCUGUUCACCAAAAUCCGAAAUGAGUUCCACAAAUGGAGCGCUGUGAUUGAAAAGAAGUUCCAAAGAGGUUACAAAGCUAUAUAUAAACAAAUGGAGAAAUUUGAAAAUCGGUAUCGUGGCAGAGAGCUGCCAGGAUUUGUAAAUUACAAGACGUUCGAAAUUAUUAUAAAACAACAAAUCAAAGAACUGGAAGAGCCAGCUGUUGAUAUGCUGCACACGAUAACUGAUAUGGUCCAGGUUGCCUUCGGAGAUAUUUCAAAAGCAAAUUUUGAUGAAUUUUUCAACCUCUACAGAACUACCAAGUCCAAAAUCGAAGACAUUAAAUUCGAGCUAGAGAAAGAAGCUGAGAAGUCCAUCCGACUUCACUUCCAAAUGGAGCAGAUCGUCUACUGCCAGGACCACGUCUAUCAGCGGGCCCUGCAGAGGGUCAGGGAGAAGGAUUCGGACGAGGAGAAGAAGAAGAAGACCAGCAGCAUGAGCCAUGACGAGGUUUCUUCCGUCAACAUCUCCUUGUCUGAAAUCUUGGAGCACCUGUUGGCCUACCGCCAGGAGGCCACCAACCGCAUCUCCAGCCACAUCCCCUUGAUCAUCCAGUACUUCAUCCUGCAAGUGUACGGCCAGAAGCUGCAGAACGGCAUGCUGCAGCUGCUCCAGGACAAGGACACCUACAGCUGGCUCCUGAAGGAGCGCAGUGACACCAGCGACAAGAGGAAGUUCCUGAAGGAGCGGCUGGCGCGGCUGGCCCAGGCUCGGCGCCGCUUAGCCAAAUUCCCUGGUUAAGGCCGGCUCCCUGUCCCGCCUGCAUCUCCAGGGCACGUCUGCAGGGAGCAGCACCCGCCCUCUCUCCCCAAACCCACAUCGCAGAUACUCGAGGAGUUAGUAGCCAGUCUUCCCGGUCACCAUCCAUGCUUGUCCCUGAGUGGGCAAGGACCUCCUAAGAAGACGCAGGUCAUGAUUAAGAUCAAGACUUAGGGAUUGAGUCCCACGUCGGGCUCCCUGCACGGAGCCUGCUUCUCUCUCUGCCAGUGUCCCUGCCUCUCUCUCUGUGUCUCUCAUGAAUAAAUAAAUGAAAAAAAUCUUAAAAAAAAAAAAAAAAAAGAACGAGAUUCAGAUUGGGGGUGGACGCCGCCGCCCUCCUGGUUAGGAGAAAUGAUUUUCUGCCCUCGGGGUUGUUCCCCUUGAACCCUCUCCAUCUUCCACCAGGGGACCAGUGCAUGCAAAGCAUUGUAGAAGGAUUAGUUCCUGCUUUUGUGCAACUUCUUUCAUGCACCUGUUUUGGGAGCAUUAGCGCCACGUGUGGGUGCUCUUAGAAGCUGUAUUUCACUGAUUUGUAAUAAACUUGUUUAUACC